GAAACCAGUGUGUGAGUGAGCACAGUGCAGUCGCAGAAGUUGGCUUAAAAUAAGGUGAAAGCCACAGUACAGUAAACACACAGUGCUGGGAUGAGUGCCACAAUGAAUGUGACAGAAAUCUAUGAGGGGAUAGCUACCAUCCAUAACGAGGGAAAUGUCUCUGUCAAUGGAAGCAUGGAUGUCCAGUUCAUCUUACCCGUCUUAAACAAAGCCAUCAAUACGCUCUCCAUAGUUGUGCUCUUCAUCACCAUGAUAUCCCUUGGCUGUACGAUGGAGAUUUCCAAAAUUAAAACCCAUCUCCUCAAGCCAAAAGGAGUGGCCAUUGCACUGCUGGCCCAAUUUGGCAUCAUGCCCCUGACUGCUUUCUGUCUAGCCAAACUCCUACAGAUGCCUCCCAUCAAGGCUGUGACUGUGCUCAUCUGCGGCUGCUGUCCGGGGGGAAGCUUGUCAAACAUUUUAUCCCUGGCCAUGAAGGGUGACAUGAACCUCAGCAUCGUAAUGACCACUUGUUCCAGUAUCGUGGCCCUGGGUAUGAUGCCUUUAUUGAUCUACAUCUACUGCAAAGGCUUCCCCGGGCUAGAAAACGCUGUACCAUACGUUGGCAUCAUCAUGAGUCUCGUGUUCACUCUGCUGCCUUGUGCCACUGGCAUUGUCAUUAAUCACUACAAACCAAACUACACUCCAGUCGUCAAAAAAACCGGUCUCUGCAUCCUGAUCAUCGCCAGCGUCAUAAUGUUCAGCCUGUCUUGUAUCGCCGUCAAAGACACACUAUGGAUGGUCCUCACACCUGAUAUUCUGACCGUGGCUGCACUGAUGCCACUGAUCGGCUAUAUGCUGGGAUAUAUCCUGUCUGUCUUAUGCAGACUCAGUCCAAAAUGCAGCAGGACCAUCUCCAUGGAAACAGGGUGUCAAAACAUCCAGCUGUGCGUUGCCAUCCUAAAGGUGGCCUUUUCCCCACAGGUCAUUGGACCCAUUUUUCUCUUCCCUCUGAUCUACAUCGCAUUCCAGUGUACCGAGGCCCUUCUUAUGUGCCUGUGCUUCAGAUGUUACCAAAGAUUCAAGCCACCAGCUGAGGAUAAAAUAAUAUUCCAGAGUAUAGAGGUUAAACAAGAGGUGGCAAAUCCGUGACAGCAUCACAGAUGACAACCCAGUGCUGGAGAGGGAAAUGAAAGAGAGCUGCAUCCUACCCACAGAGGCUGCAGCUAUCCAGCGCCCUCACUAUCUCUGGGUCAUCUGCAUAUUCCUCACUCAGGCCUGUGAUACUAACAGAAAGAUUGUUGAGAAUGUGCAGCCACUAAUACUUUAAUCAUCAUUUACUUGAUUGAGUCUAUACAAUGUCAAUUACAGUCAGUGCAUGUUUAAGUAGAAAGUCAAUGAUUAAUAAUGACAUUUUGUAUUUAUAUUUUUGUAUUCUAAAUAUCUGGUGCAAGGCAGUUUGAAUAUAUUUUAGCAAAUUUUAUAUGAAUAAAUGAGUUUCUAAAAAUCACAAUGAUCGAUGUGUCAUUUGGUCUUUUGAGACGGGAGAGUUGUGCUGUGCGUUACUAAAUAUUUGGACAUAAAUAUGUCAGACCUCAGAGGAAAGUCAAGCUCAGAUGUUUCAAAGAUGCAGAAAGCACUCGAAUGAAGAAAGAUACAGGCAAUUUGAACACCUCAAAUAAUAUUUAAUCAAAAUGGCCACAUGGUAUAUACAGAGUAAACUUAACUUAAAACUUUUUACAUAUAUUAAAAUACCAUCUUCACAAACAAAAACUAAUCCAUUCCUCAGUCCAAAAGUAAAUUCAAUGGACAGUCAAACAAAGCGAACACAGACAUUACACUAAUCUGUACACUUACUCAUUUUUGUGUUGGAUCUUCACAACCAUGUUUACAGUGUCACAUAACGUGCCUGCAGUAGAGUUAAAAUGGAAGAGGCAAAGUGAAAAGAACUACAUUUCUAAGAGCUGUGGAAGCAUUAAAAAAAGCCACAGCUGGUCAACAGCGUUCUGGACACAAAUAAAUUAAAUACACAUUUCAGUUUCCUGUUAAGACUUAAAAAUAGAAAUUUCCAAGCAGCCUGCAUAAAUUAAAAAGAACAAUAUUUUCUGGUGUACAAGUGAUGUGUCUGACAAAGCCACACAUAUUACACUAAGCGGUGGAGGCAUUUAACUGACAUUCAUUUUUGAAAUUCCUUAUUUGACAUAUAGAUACCUGUGCAUAGAAGUGGAAAGCUAAGGCCAUUGGGGCAAGGGUAUGAGUAUGAAGAGAAUACAUGUGAACUCUCUAAGGAUGAAAUGUGCUGAAUACAGGCCUGAAACAACAAGUCUCUUAAAGUGUUUGCCCUCAGUCCAAUGAAAUAUGCAGCAGAGUGAAACUCAUGGGUGGACAAGAAGCCUUAAACUGUACAGUGAUGUAUGAAAUGGCAUGAGUCAUGAUUAAUAACACCUUAAAUAAUGAGACAAAACAAGACACUGAUGAGAUAUUUAGCUCCCAAAAUGAGCAGCUUUGCCCAUUCAUUCAGUCUGUAGCUGUACAUACAUAGUGAAGGAAUUCCUAUAAAAAAAAAUAUAACAAUAAAAGCAUGUAUGUACAUGUGAAUCCCUUCUCUGUUCUCCUUUGAGAUGGUCAGAGGAACUAUUCUGAGUGACCCACAGCUUCACUCAGGGCCUCUUCAAAUGGCAUCCCGGUCACCGGUACAGCUCAGUAACAAUGCUGGUGGUCUCGGGAAAGUCAAAAGGCUGCAGCUUUUUUCAGGCCUCCUUCAGCAACGGCAUAUCUGUAGACAGCAGAAACACAUUUGCUUCAGUACUAAGUGGGGAUUUUAAAGUGAAGAGUGUGUCUGAAUGGGGGGGCUUUACCAUCAGAGUAGUCCAUCUCAGAGUCCAGAGACAAGCUGUGUUGGUCGCUGCCUGCAGACGGCCUUUCUCGUGAGGAUGAAGGGGCUGCAGCACCUACGUGCUCCAGAACCCAGGUAGAGGAUGAGGGCGAGGGUGACGAGGAGGAUGAGGACAGCGGUACAGGGUGGACCACAGCCAUCUCCGACUGCUGUUGUUUGAGGGAUAAAGGCCUAGAGGGGCCAGCCUCUGGCGCUGUGGCAUGCUGGCCCUCAGACAGGACUAUCUGGACUCGAGACUCUGAGCUGUUGGCUGAGGCCCCACUACUACUCACAGCCUCCUCAUACGAGGGCAGAGUCACCUGGACUCCUUCCACCAUGAUUGACACAGGCUGGCCGGACACACCCUGAUCCCGUCUAGGUGUGGAGGACCAGAGGGAUGUCAAAUUUGUCAACUUAUCACUUCUACAACUCGUUUCCUCCAUUAAAGGUGCCUUUGGUAUCUAGUAAAAGAUGCAUUGUUAAUAAGAUGCUGGUAGUGAAAAGCAUGAUUUCAAGGGCAGACUCACCGAUGGAGGGACUUGAUUUUUGGCUGCAGAAGUACAAACAGCACCACCAGGAGCAAGAUUAGGGCCACUGAACUGGCUGUGGAUGCCACUAUUGACAAGGCGGGCAUCCCCAAUGGUAAAGUUGGAUUGCGAUCUGUGAGGCACAUAAACAGUUGACAGCUAUUUGUAAAUAAGUUCUUGUAAUUAUCCAUUUAAUAGUACCGAUUUUUUUUUUUUUUUACCUUGCUCCAUGAGGCAGCUGAGCUUCACUUGGCUGUCCCAUUCCCCAUACUGACAGGUAAGGUAUUUAUAGUCUCCCUUAAGAAUAUAGCCUUCAUCACAGAAAUAUUCAAUCACAGUGCCAUGAGUGAGUCUUUCACAUGUGGAGGGGUGGCAGGUGUAGCCCCCGUUCUCUGGCUGAUAUGGAGGCUGGCAUACUGUCCACGGAAAGAGAGGAAUACAAGACAAAUCCAUCAACUCCAGCGCUGUAUGUUGUUCCAUGCCAUUGUUGAAAGGUGCUAUACAAAUAAACUUGCCUUACCUAU